AUGCCUGACAAGAUCACAACAGCUGGAUGGAAACAUGUUCGAAUGUACCUCCCAAAGCCCCAAAAGCAAUGUGAUUGUCAUGUGAACGAUCCUCCACCCUGGACGGGAGAAGUUCACGGUCUGAGUCAAGCGUUGAUGAGCAAAACUCUGACAAUGAGAAUAUUUUGGUGGAUUGUCAUUAUUAUUUGUAUUAGUCUUGGCGCAUUCACAACACUUCUUAUAAUCAUAGAGUAUAUUCAAGGACCAACUGCCACUUCAACCACUAUUCGUCUGGUGAACUCAUUGGAAUUCCCAGCAAUAACCAUCUGUCCAAAAAUUCCUGAUUCUUUCAAUAUAUCAGGAAUAAGAGGAGAUAUAAAAGAGAGUAUACCAGAUAUAUCUGAUAAAUCUGCAGAUGACUUAUUAGAGCAAGUUUUGAAAAUGAUGGCCCAGCUGAAUGACUUAUUUUCAGAUACUUUGUAG